AAAUUACGUAUCAGAUCUUAGGCUGUGGGUGGGUGGGGAUUUUGUUAGCUGGCUACAUUGUAAUCAUCCUGGAUCCUACAUUGACAACCGCCGGAGGAAACGGUGACAGGUACCUAGGUACCGAAUUCUGUUUGUCUCCAAGGGUAUUUGAGAAAUAGAUAUGUUUGCAAAGGACAAACUGAUCUGUAGUGACUUCACCCGUUUAGGACUGAACUGAGCAGUGACAAAUAACCUUUACACAGCAGCACGACCGACUGUGGUGGGGACGAGGAAACAGUGUGAAACAGGAUCACUCAUCAUAGUUUAACCAUGGCGUUCAGCAAAGGUUAUCGUGUUUACCACAAACUGGACCCACCCCCCUACAGCGUUAUUGUGGAGACACGAAAUCGCGAUGAGUGCUUGAUGUUCGAGUCUGGGGCUGUCGCCGUUUUGUCUGCUGCAGAGAAAGAGGCCAUCAAAAAUACAUACACCAAGAUGCUGGAUGCGUAUGGCAUUUUGGGAGUUCUCCGUCUGAACUUGGGAGACUCCAUGCUGCACAGUCUGGUGGUGGUGACUGGAUGUAGCUCGGUGGGAAAGCUCCAGGACUCCGAGGUGUUCCGGGUCACAGCCACAGAGUUUGUGUCCUUGAAGAAUGACCCGUCAGACGAAGACAGGAUAUCAGACGUGCGGAAGGUCCUCAGCUCGGGGAACUUCUACUUUGCCUGGUCGUCCACUGGGAAUAGCAUAGACCUGAGCCUCAACGCCCACCGCAGGAUCAAAGAAGACACAACAGACAAUCGCUUCUUCUGGAACCAAUCCCUACAUCUCCACCUGAAACACUAUGGGGUGAACUGUGACGACUGGUUGCUGCGCCUGAUGUGCGGCGGCGUGGAGGUCCGCACCAUCUACGCGGGGCACAAGCAGGCCAAGGCCUGCGUCAUCUCCAGGCUGAGCUCCGAGAGGGCUGGCACACGCUUCAACGUCCGCGGGGCCAAUGAUGACGGCCAGGUGGCCAACUUCGUCGAGACUGAGCAGGUUGUUUUCCUUGAUGACAAAGUGUCCUCAUUCAUUCAGAUUCGUGGUUCUAUACCACUUUUCUGGGAACAACCUGGCAUUCAGGUUGGCUCUCAUCGUGUCAAGCUGUCUCGAGGCUUUGAGGCGAACGCACCAGCUUUUGAGAGACAUUUCACUGCACUGCGCCAACUCUAUGGAAAGCAAGUGAUCCUCAACCUCUUGGGAAUGAAGGAGGGAGAGAACAUGCUAAGCAAAGCCUUCCAGAGCCAUCUGAAAGCUUCUGAGCAUGCAUCGACUGUGAGGAUGGUGAACUUCGACUACCAUCAGAUGGUCAAGGGAGGGAAGGCGGAGAAGCUGCACAGUGUGCUCAAGCCCACGGUCAACAAGUUCGUGGAGGAGUGUGGCUUCUUCUACUACUCAGGAGAAACUGGCAUCCAAAGACUCCAGACUGGAACCCUUCGCACCAACUGUCUUGACUGCUUGGACCGGACCAAUAGCGUCCAGGCCUUCUUUGCACUAGAGAUGGUUCCCAAACAGCUUGAGGACAUGGGGCUGACCGAGAAGCCCCAGCUGGUGGCUCGCUUCCAGGAGGUGUUUCGCUCCAUGUGGUCUGUCAACGGAGACUCGGUUAGCAAGAUCUACGCCGGCACAGGUGCCCUGGAUGGCAAGGCUAAGGGGGGAAAGCUGAAAGACGGCGCUCGUUCAGUCACCAGAACCAUCCAGAACAACUUCUUCGACAGCUCCAAGCAGGAAGCCAUAGACAUUCUGCGGCUGGGGAGCACCCUGAACAGCGACCUAGCUGACAAGGCUCGUGCCCUGCUCACCACGAGCAGCCUCUAUGUCUCUGAGCCCAUAUUGCAAUCAGCAUCACCAAGAGUAUUACUGGGAAUGUGCCAGAAUUAUCACAAGUACACCCGGCCCAAGCAGAUCCGGGUGUGUGUGGGCACCUGGAAUGUAAACGGCGGGAAGCAGUUCCGCAGCAUCGCAUACCGGAAUCAGACCCUCAACGACUGGCUGUUGGAUGCCCCCAUGAAGGCAGGACACCCAGAAUUUCAAGAUGGCAAAUCUGACCCCGUCGACAUCUUUGCCAUUGGCUUUGAGGAGAUGGUGGAGCUGAAUGCUGGGAACAUAGUCAAUGCAAGCACCACUAAUCAGAAGCUGUGGGCAGUCGAGCUGCAGAAGCACCUCUCGCGCGAUCACAAAUAUGUGCUGCUGGCCUCCGAGCAGCUCGUCGGAGUGUGUCUGUUUGUGUUCAUCCGGCCUCAACACGCACCCUUCAUUCGGGAUGUUGCCGUGGACACCGUGAAGACCGGCAUGGGCGGAGCUACAGGCAACAAAGGGGGCGUGGCCAUCCGCCUGCUGUUCCACACCACCAGCAUCUGCUUUUUGUGCUCGCACUUUGCCGCCGGCCAAUCACAGGUCAAGGAGAGGAACGACGACUACAAUGAGAUUACGCGCAAGCUCACCUUCCCCAUGGGUCGUCUUCUGUACUCCCAUGAUUACGUGUUCUGGUGCGGUGACUUUAACUACCGCAUCAGCCUGCCCAAUGAGGAGGUGAAGGAGCUGAUCCGCCAGCAGAACUGGGACGCCCUCAUGGCUGGAGACCAGCUGGUGGACCAGAAGAAUGCCGGACUGGUUUUCCGCGGCUUCAUUGAGGGAAAGUUGGACUUUGCUCCCACUUACAAAUACGACUUGUUCUCUGAGGAUUAUGACACCAGUGAGAAGUGCCGCACGCCCGCCUGGACCGACCGAGUGCUGUGGAAACGCAGGAAGUGGAACUUUGACAAGACUGCGGAAGAGAUGAAUGUGGUGGGGACUCCUACGGAGGAAGAGGACGAUGCGUACCCCUUUAGCCCGGGAACACUCAAGUAUUAUGGCAGAGCUGAGCUCAAGACCUCUGAUCACAGACCUGUGGUGGCCAUAAUAGACGUGGACGUGCUGCAGGUGGACCCUGAGGAACGCCACCAGGUCUACAAGGAGGUGAUCGCGCUGCAGGGGCCCCCCGACGGCACCGUCCUGGUUUCGCUCUGCAGCUCCGGACCCGACGACUACUUCGACGACGCUCUGAUCGACGAGCUGCUCGACCAGUUCGCGGCCUUCGGCGAGGUCAUCCUCAUCAGGUUUGUUGAGGAGAAGAUGUGGGUGACGUUCCUGGAGGGUUACUCCGCUCUGGCGGCCUUGUCCCUUAGUGCCUCUGAGGUGUUGGGGAAGAUCAUAGACGUGCGUCUGAAGAGCCCCGGGUGGAUCAAGAGUCUGGAGGAGGAGAUGAGUGUGGACAGGGUCUUCGGCAGCAUCCCCACCUCCGCCAGCUCCACGCUGCUCGCAGAGGACUCCUAUGUGGGCGAGGAUGAAUACGACAUGGAGGGUGACGUGGAUGAGGAAGUGGAAGCGAUUCUGCCUCAACACCUGCAGCCUGGCGCCGGCAUGGGUCCCGGCUCGUCCCCGGUGCCAUCCCCCCGCGGCAGCCCGUCCCACUCUCCCACCCACGGGGAGCCGGCAGCCCCCAGCCGCCCCAGCCGGGCACCUCCUCGCUCCGCUGGACCACCGCAAGGUUCUCCAGUGGACUUUGCAACGGGUGCUCCUUCGAGUUUGGAACCCAAGCGCGCCCCUCCCCCGCGGCCCAACGCCCCUCCGGUUCGUCCUGCACCUCCGCAGCGCCCCCCGCCACCCUCAGGACAAAAAAGCCCUGCAUUAUCUCGACCAGACCCCACGGGGCGCGGCCAGGCAGCAGGAGGAGCCGCUCAAGGAGCAGUCGCACGGCCGAACUUCCCAUCUCGUGCUGGAGUCAUCAGUGUUCCACUGGGAGCCAGACCCCCACCCCCGGCCCACCCAGGAGCUCCUCGACCCAGCGCCGAUGUGCACCCCGGGGCCCCGAGGCCUGCGCCAGACAACCACCCUGGAGCCCCUCGCCCCAUCCUUGAUCCCCAGAAUAAACCAGCCCAGCCUCCUGCUGGUCCGCCUCCUGCAAUGGCGGGACCUAUGAGACCACAGAUGCCGCCUCCUGCACAGCCUCAAACGGGGGCUCCCAUGCAACCUCAAACGGCGCCUUCCAUGCAGCCGCAGAUGGCGCCUCCCAUGCAGCAUCAAAUGGCAUCUCCCAUGCAGCAUCAAAUGGCAUCUCCCAUGCAGCCGCAGAUGAUGUCUCCCAUGCAGCCACAGAUGAUGGCUCCCAUGCAGCAUCAAAUGAUGUCUCCCAUGCAGCCGCAGAUGAUGGCUCCCAUGCAGCCGCAGAUGGGGCCUCCCAUGCAGCCUCAGACGGCCGCGCCGGUGCAGCAGCGUAUGCCGACCCCUCUCCUGCCUACUUCGCUGCAGCUACAGUCAGGCGCCGCUGGCCCCCAGCCCCCCUCUCCUGUCGGCAACCAGCAGGGCUUAGCCUCCCCCAAGCCGCCGCCUCGCAGCCGGUCCUCCCACGUCCUGCCCCCGGAGGGCGCCCAAGGCCAAGCCCCAGCUCCUGCUCCCACUCCAGCAUCAGCUCCAGCCUCACAGAUAAACGGAUUGAACGGCCUCCAGCAAGAAGCACAAUGGAAAUCGGACCCCUUCGACACCCCCGCCUCCGACCUCUUCCCCGUCCCCUCUUCCUGGCACAACACCCAGUCCUUGACCCGGAGCAGCUCCCUGCGAUCGGGCCCACUCCCGCCGCCCUUGCCCAGGUCCUCGUCCUCGGCCGUGUUCCCGGCCUCCCGCUCCCUGCACUCGGCGCCUGUCUUCCCCACGUCCUCCUCCUCGUCCUCCUCCUCCUCCUCCCCGCUGGCUCACUUCUCCCUGGCUGCGCAUGACUCUGGCAGCGCGCCCUCCCUCCUGCCGCCGCCGCCGGUACCUUCGCGCAGCCGCUCCCAGGAGACCCUGACGCGCAUCUCCCCCAACCCUUUCCUGAGCGAGCCCCCGGGCGCCCCCAGCAACAGCAACAGUAACAGCAACACCACCACUAACCCCUUCAUAGGCGGCCUGCCUCUGGCCCACACCCAAGCCCAGGUCCAGCACCGCUCGCUCACGCCAGACUUUUCCACCCAGCAGCAGGCUCAGGCCUCCUUGGCCUUCCACAGGACCAUGUCCACCACGUCUGCUUUUGCCUCCAAGCAGCCCACCCUCCAACUUACCCCCCUCAUGCCCAUCCCUGCCCAUGUCCAUGCACCUGUCCCUGCAGUCGCCCCUCCUGCCCCUGUCCCAGAGACGCGCAAGCAGCAGUGGGUUACGUUUGAUGAUGACUCAGACGUCCGGCUCAGAGGAAAGGCCUCCGCCUCGGUAGCGGCACCCCUGCUUCCCCUCUCCACGCCCAUCCCCUCGUUCACACAGGCCCAGACGCAGCCGGCCAGCUCUGGGUUCAGCACUGAGAAUAGUUGGGGGUCCUCUUCCUCCGCCACUGCGUUCCCCGUCCUGCCGCCCCCUCCCCCUGCCAGGACUAACCCAAGCCACCCACACUUACCCACACGAAUGAGCGAGUUCACCGAAAGAUAGAGUGUCGACUAAUGUUGUUCAGAGAGAGAGAGAGAGAGAGAGAGAGAGAGAGUGUAUGUGUGCGUACGCGUGCGUGCGUUGGCAAAAUUUCUAGAGAAACAUAUUGAGUGUAUUUCUGUGUAUUAUGGUUUGUAUAAAGUGAGGUGAAUAGGACAGGUUUGAACUCUCCGUUCCCAUCCCCAUGAAUCCGGCACUCAAAGUCUUUAGGUAGGAAAAUUAGAUAGUCAAUGCAACAUCAUUGCACACGAGAUGGGAUCAAGAAUAUAAGAUGUUUAUUUUCAUUUAAGCAGGAGAAUUGUGCCUGUGUCUGUUCUAUUUAUGAAAAGUAUAUACAAAUAUAUAUAUGCGCACAGGUUUGUGUGUGUAAAAUAACUGUGCAAUACCUUACUGUUGUAUGGCCACAUGCUACCAUUUUACCAGUUAGCCGAAGUCUGCACAAUACGUAGUGGACCAUCUGCACACACAAAUCAUUUCUCAAGGUCAGUGUGGCCUUUUCACCCCCAAAAAUGCAUUAUACUAUGCCCCUGUUACUCGUUUGAUUUUGCUUAUGCACCUGACCAGGAGUGAUUUUUACGGGAAAUCACAAGAACUGCAGUGAUCUCCAUCCAUGCCAGGCCUUGUCGAUCAUCAUGGCAGCGUCACCAUAUCAUUUAGAGAGAAGUGCAAGGGCUGUAGCCUAACCCAUCCAUAUUCUUUCUUUCUUAAUAGUGCUUUCGUUGUCAUGAAUGUACGUUCAGUUAGCUUUGCCUCUUGUCUCGGCUACCGCAUAUUAGUGUGUACAAGCAGUCAGCACAAAUAACAUGUUGCAAGCCACUGGAAAGGUUACUUAGCACUGGCAAUCGGAUUCCAUUGACAGACAGACAUCACUCUCAAUGCAAGUCAGUGUCAUGUAUCCGCAUUUGACGCGUCUUGUGUCUACUGUAUCUUAAUACAUGCUAACUUCUAGCUGCAUUGUUUUUCCUUCCAUGUAUUGUAAAACCAGCAACUAAGUGUGUAUAUAUACACAGUAUAUAUUUAUGGUAUCUACAUGUCAUAUCUGAAAUGCACUGAAAAGGCAUUGUCCUUUGGGCUUUCAAGUUUAGUUUUGAAGCCAAAGUCUGAGAUGUCUGGCUUACCGGGAGGCCAUGUCGGCUCCACUGGCAUAACUACUUCUAUGUGCCACUCACUCUUUAACUAUGUGUGUUCUCGUGCUUCUGUUUCAUCUGAUUCAAAACGUUGAGCAGUACUGCUGUAUAUGUAAGGAAUGUGGUGUAAUUGUUAUGUUGUGAGAAUUGAUAUCCAGACAUUAUUGAUAGGAAACCGUGGUCCACAUCGGUGUUUGUGAGUGUGUGUAUGUGCGAGUGCAAUGAAUUUGUGCUGGAUUUUUUUUUCUUUUUUCGUUCUACUCCUAGAGAUGGCCAUUUUUAAUUUAUGAUUUCUUCCCGGCAUUUUUAUUGAAAUCUGCCCCCUGGGUAAGUGGCCGCCAUGUAUAACCCAUUCAACAAAACUGUCUAGCUUUGUGGAUCAUGUACAAAAGGGCAGGCAUGCACAUUUUAAAAUGUAUAUCAGAAAAUAUGCUGCUUGUCCGCUUACUACUUAUCUCUUUGUAGGGUUUUGUGAAAAGAGUUGCUUUCAGCACUGCCAGUAUCUAUUGCUCUUGGAUUCCCACAUUCCCACACACACAAAAAAAAAACACUGUAUCGCCCCCGAAGGCAACACGGCUCAGCACAUCCUUCGCUGUAGUGAGUGACCAUGUGGGAUACUGUGCGUUAAAUACUGUUUUGACGUGUGUGUGUGUGAUGGACAUUUUUAUCAGCUUUCAGUAUUUCACACAUUUCCAUUAUCAGCCUUUGCUUUCAAUCAUGCCCUUCUUAAUUAAACAGACACUUGUAUGCAGGAUUCUAACCAUGCCACCAAAAGUUUUAUGUAUGUGUUGAAAUGUGGUCUUGUCAAAGCAACAGUGACGUCAGUAUUGUACUUUUUAUUGUACUACCUACUCUUUCUGUAUUGUUGGGUUUACAUGCAACAUCAGUUGACGGCUUGGUGUCAGGCUUUGGAAUAGACCCUGUUUUGGGGGAUUGCAUUACCCUUCGGGUCUGGUGGUCUAUUUAUUUCCAGUGUCGGCACCGACGGCACCACCAGGUAGUUUGUGUGACUUCUCUAAAGAGGAGCCUGGCCUUACCAGUGGUGGAAAGAUCAGGGUCAAUGCCUCCUAAUGCUAAAUCCAGUGCAUUGUUUGUUCAGAAAAGGUCUUUGUAACACGAUGACUUGGCCAUUCAGUUGGUGUGACAUCACAUCCGAUAGUAGCUCUUGGAAAGCUUUGAUAAUGUGAUUUGGGUUGUACAUUGAAAGAAAGCAUUCAGUCUGAGUGAUGUAGAGCCAGAGGCUUAAGGGGCUCGCAUUUACUUAAAAGGCCAGAUUUUAUAGAAAUCUGUUAACUCCCUUUGUGAGGUAAAUGUUCCCUAUAGCUGUAAUCCAGUAGUGACAAAAUACCUGUUGUUGACCAUAUUCUGUAUAUCAAAGAAACCAGGAAACUACAGACCAUUAAUUAGUAUUUAAACAUAUGUGAUCCAUGUGCAAAACUGAGUGCACAGUUAUGUAUGAAGCAAUUGGUGUUGUAUGUAUGCAAUAAUAAAUAUAUAUCAAAAUGUA